UUCUGACGGCUUGUGCGUCCGUCGAGGGGGCUUUUCGUGACUAUCUCGCCACAGGAAAAGAAAGAGAGAGAAAUAUAUAAAGAUAAAAUAAUAUCUCGGCAGCCCGCGUCCCUCAGGCCCGUCAACAUGAGCGGCGGCAAGAUCAGACUCAUCUCCAAGGCUCAGAUCCGCUACGAGGGCAUCUUGUACACAAUCGACACGGACAUCUCGAUCGUGGCCCUGGCCAAGGUGCGAUCAUUUGGUACAGAAGAUCGGCCCACAGACAGACCAAUUGCCCCACGAGAUGAUAUCUAUGAAUAUAUCAUCUUUCGUGGUAGUGAUAUCAAAGAUUUUACUGUGUGUGACUCUCCAAAACCUCAACCUCAGGAUCCUGCCAUUGUACAUUCUUCCCUGAGCACUUCGACAAAUGCUUCAUUUCAACCCCCUACAUCAUACAGUCCUUUCCAUAGUAUGACUCCAUACAGCCAGUUUGCUGGAGGAUCCUUAGUUGGCCAACAAUAUGGUGCUUCUGUGGGUUUAGCAGCUACUGGUUUUCCAUUUUUUGCCACCAAGACAAAGUCCUAUGGUGGAACAAGGUGUGCAGACAAGUCCCACAGAGGGCCUUAAUCAGAAGAACCUUCAACAAGAUAAA